AUGUCAUUGCCCCUUCGACACCCUUUGGACACUGCAGCGUCGUUGGAUAGGGUCCUGGAAGACCUUAUCGUGAGAUUCAUCAUCAACUGUCCGCCUGAAGAUUUCUCGUCAGUGGAGAGAGAGCUGUUCCACGUUGAGGAGGCUAACUGGUUCUACACGGACUUUGUUAAGAUUUUGAACCCAAACUUGCCCAAUCUCAAAAUAAAAUCGUUUGCACAGCAUGUUAUCAAGCUGUGUCCAAUGAUAUGGAAAUGGGACGUGAGAGCCGAACAGGCGCUCCAGAAAUUCUCCCAGUACAAAAGAAGCAUACCAGUUCGCGGUGCUGCGAUUUUCAACAAAAAGCUGACCAAGUUACUUCUGGUCAAAGGCACAGAAUCAGAUUCGUGGUCUUUCCCUAGGGGAAAAAUUUCAAAAGACGAAAACGACGUUGAUUGUUGCGUUCGUGAGGUACUCGAGGAGACAGGUUGUGACAUUUCCGAUUACAUCGAUGAAGAAGCCUUUAUCGAGCGCAACAUUGGCGGCAAAAACUACAAGAUAUUCUUAGUGAGUGGAAUUCCUGAAGAUUUCAACUUUGAACCAAAAGUGCGCAAUGAAAUAGAAAAGAUUCAAUGGCACGAUUUCAAAAAACUGUCCAAAAACUGCAAUCCCAAGACGGCCCAAAUCAAAAUCUAUCUGGUAAACAAUCUAAUGAGGCCCCUAGCCAUGUGGGUGAAGAGCAACCGUCAAAUUGACGACGACGAGAAGCUCAAGGCACACGUAGAGACGCAGUUGAAGCUUCUGCUAGGUAUCAAGAAGGAAGACACCCCAGAUCCCGGUCGAGAGUUAUUGAAUAUGCUUCAGAGUUCUGUUUCCGCUGGCAACGCAACCUCAAACCAAGAUUACGAUUCCAGCCAGGCUUCUCAUACCUUUAACAACAUUAAAUCUGUCCAAGAAAGCCAAAGCACUGACACCAAUGGCGCCACCGCACAACAACCGGGUAUCCCAGCACCUACCUUCGUCGGACCACCUCCACAAUUUCAACAUAACUUCCCCUUCAUGGCCUUCCAACCUUUUGCGCCUUUCCCUUUCACAAACGGUACUGGUGUACAUAUUGGGGGCGUUACUGGUCCCGAAAUUUCAAGUUCAAGUUCUGAGAGCACACAGCCUCCACCAACCCCAAAAAUGAAUUCUUUGGCCAAACCAACUGUGGUUGAAGAAGAAGAACGUCAUGAUGAGGAUCAUUCGCAAGCACGCAUUCCUCAGCAUGUAUCACAGAAUGCAUCUGCGAAACAACUCUUGGACAUUUUACAUCAAAAGGGCUCUAAUCAAGCGGCCCUCCCAAUUGUUCAGCAAUCAAUGAUAAACACCACGAGUGCGAAAACCUUACUGAGUCUACUGAAAAAUCCGCGGAAGGAGACUUUCGGACAAGAGAAUCCGGAAACACAACAGCCAGGCUCAGUUAACAUCGAAACAGAUCUUCACAUCAUACCGGCCAGUCAAGUUCCGGAGGCGUCGGUUACGAGUUCAUCAGCUAGUGAUGGCUCUGAGUAUGAAGAUUUUGAGAGUUGCUCAGGAAGCGAAUCAGAAGACAACUUAGAAGACGAUCAAGAAGAUCCUUUAGAAUCUUUCUCUGCUAGAUAUGCUAGAGAUAACAAGCACCAGAGAAAAGCCAUGGAAGGUUCAAAUAACAGUCUUUCACAUGAAGACACUAGAGAAAUUUCAAAUCAUUCACAGAAUACAUCACCUAUUUUUGCGGGCAGUGCAGUAUCAGAGGCAGUUACAGUCAAAUCUCCUGUUGCUUCGACUUCGAGCACCAAAUCCGUUGGUGCCAAAACGCAACCCAACAGACCAACAGAUUUGAACAAAGGAGCACAGUCUGAAAAUCAGGAGGACAGAGACCUGAAAUCUCAAGGACCGAAACCAAAAUUCAAGUUACUAAAACGCGGUGAAGUUUUCAAUAGCGCGCAUGAACCGAAUGAAGUCGAUAAUUCGUUAGGAAGCCCACCCAACACUACGACAGCAUCGAAGGAUGAUCAGGAAUUGUCCCCGAAUAUUCCGAAAGACGCCGCUAAAAGCUCUCAGAGUGGGAUCACUAAUGCUACUCCACACUCCAAUGGGCAUUCAUCCGUCAAUCAUCUAAUGAAAGGGACUGAACUUUCAGAUACCGAUAAAAGCCUGGGUUCGGAGUCUUUGCUAGAUCUAUUAAAGAAAGGAAAACCCGGAUUGUGCGCUCCGCAACAACCAUCACCGCCGCCUCAACCGCAAAUUGAUCUAGAUACCGGGUCGGGGCAAAAUCGGACCAAUAACGGAGGCAAUGAAUUGCUCAAGAUGCUUCAUGGCUUUUCGUCUGCAAAUUUCAUGGCCACUCGUGGGGAAGAAGCAUCGAGUAGUCCUAGUGCAUCAGUCCCAUCACCGGGUCCCAUUUUUCAAACCCCUGCAGAAAAUCAGAACGCAUCGCAGCAGCUUCUUGGCUUGCUCAAGAAGGCGUCAAACUAG